UCCAAUUAUUUAUUAUUUAUUCCAUUCUUAAUUUAUUAGCACUAGCAAUGAUUUUGAAAAAGUCUUAUGUUGUUAUGUCAAUUGAUAAUUAUUAUGUUUUUUAAAGAAAAAUUUUGUAUGUUUUUGUAAAUAUAACUAAAUACCUAUAGAGUUAAGCAUCUCCUUUGAAUAAAUAUUUCAUGGACCACCUUAAUGGAUCCACCGUCUAACAAUAAACAGCGUACACCAAGUCGAUGUCGAGAAUGGGAGCGUCAAAGGCGUUUAAAAUUCAACGACGCUAUAUCAAAACUUGGAGAAAUUGUUAAAUCUAUUAAUAAAGCAAAUAGUGUUAGUGGAGAUGAAAUUGAUAACGUACAAUAUCCUAAAAUUGAAAUAGUCCAAAAAGCUAUAAUAUGUUUAACAAAUUGUGUUCAAGAAAAGACACAACUAAAAGCAGAGAUAUUGGCCUUAGAAAUUAAACUACAAGCUAUAGAAAAGAAACAGUGUGAUAAAAAAGACGUAUCGUUACAAGUUACAUUUGGUACAAAUAAGAAAAAUCAAAGUAGCAAAUAUGUAAAAUUAUUAAUGCUUAAUAAAUCGAAACAGAAAAAACUGAAAGAAAAGGAAAAAUCUACAUCAGAAAAAACAAAUGUUUGUUACAAUAAAGAGAGUACUUUAAAUAAAACACCUCCAAAGUUACCCAAAUUACUACCAUUAACUAAUGUGAAGAAAGAAAAUACCAUUGUCAUGCUACCAGCCACACCUUAUAUCUUUCCGCAAAGACCUGUUUUGUUUCCUCAACCACCAACAAUCGUCUUAGUUGAUGCUAAUUUACAACCAAUAAACAAAUCAGCCACUAUUCCUAUUAUCAGCAGAAACACAAAUGAUAUUACAAAAACUACUAUGGUUAAUGUAUUGCCAAUAUCUGCGUACUCACAUCCUUUGUCAGCAAAAACUAAAAAAGGUAGUGCUAAGCCUCGAAACAGUAACACUAAAAAAGGUUCUAAAAAAAUUAAACCAAUUGAUAAAAAGGAUCAAAUAUCUGAUAAAAGCUCAGAAACAGGUCAGGAGACGGAAAAAAAAGAUGAAAUAAAUGGUGAUAAUGUUAAAAAUGUUAUCAGUCCAGAUGAAAAAAUUAAAAAAACACAAGCAACUUCAAAUGAUAAAGAAAUCCUAGGUGAAGCUAAUACAAGUAAAUCAAACCCAGAAAACUCAAUAACAAACAAUAUUGCAGUUUUAAACAAAAUUCAAAAUACCUGCGAAGAAACUAUUAAUAAUCAAAUAAAAGACUCACCAAAAUGUACAGAACCAUCAAUAGCACAACCAAAUAUUGAAAAAUCAGCGUCACCAACAAACAAAGAAGUGUCUCUGGAGAAAUCUGAGAGUAGUAGUAAUUUAAGUGUUGCUGAAGCCAAAGAUAAUAAAGUAACUGCUCCAAACAAAAGUGUUGAAGGUGAAUUUAAAAGCAAAGAAAGUAAAAUACAUGCUAUUUUAGAUUCUAACAUUUGUGAAAAUGUAGUAGAUGUUGGAAAUGCACGAUUAGAAUUAGCAGAAGAGUUUUUAGCUGCUUCUCCUACUGCAGCUUUCUUAAUGUCCUUUCCAUUAGUCAGUGGCAAUAGAGCGGAUAGCCCGGCUGAAGAAACUCAGAAUAUUACUGCAAAAGAAACCAAUCUACGAAAUGAAACACCACAUGAACAAGUCCCUUAUUUUGAAAAACCUAAUAUACCUGCUAAUAAACCCAAAACUCCUAGUAAGCAACAGAUUACACCAGUUACGAAUAUUGAUAAAUCUAUUGACCAUAAUAAAUAUGAAAAUAGUAAGUCAAUAGAGGUGAAAACAUCCACAACUGUUUCUAAUCUGGUAAAUAACGAAAACCCUUUUUUGAGUUUACCAUUACCAUCAGUAAUACCAUCAAGUUGUGCUCUUACAGAUUCUACUUUUGGCUUAGAUUUUGAUUUAUCUGUUAACAAAACUGGUACAACGCAGUCUACAUCAUUCAACAGCACAACCAAUAACAUAUUUUAUAAAGGUGACCCAUUUAAUACAGUUAAAAGUACAAUUUAUAGUACAAGCAAUAUUUCUACGAGUCACGAAUUUAAUAGCUUAGGCUUAUAUCCUUGUGCAAUGGACAAUUACGCCAGUAAAAAUAAAACUGACUAUUCUAAUGUUGAUGAUAACCUUAUGAAGAGAUUAACAUAUGACAUUGACUUGGGCUGGUCUCACAAAAGUUUUGAUUUUGUAAAUUGUACAACUAAUGCUAACAACUUUCACAAAGAUAGUAUAUUGACCAAUACCACAACUCCAUUUUCGUCGACUUAUAAUCCCUUUAAUCCUGAUUUUCAUGUCCCAAUAGUUCCAAACACAGCAAAAAAGAAUCCGACUAGUAAGAGUGGCAGUUUUCCAGAGCAAAUUACUAGUUUUUAUAAUCAAGGACCCAAUUUGUGGCCAGAUGAUAUUUCAUCUAUUUAUACAAAUAGUAAUGUUUCAAAAAAUUUUAUUUCGAAACAACAGAAUUAUUUUCCUACAGAUCAUUUACAUACUAACAUGUCUACGAAGAUAAAUGCUAAUCCAAAACAAUUUUAUACCAAGCAUAUGACAGAAAAUGCAAAUGAAGGCAUUUUAAAAUCCUCUCCCAUAGUAGGACAGAAUGUUGAAAAAUAUACAAAAAAAUCUCCUAGUAAAAUGCACAUAAAUUGGAUGACAUCUGAAAUAAGGCCGCAAAAUAAUUGCAAUCAAAAUCAAACUGAAUUAAAAGAAGCCACUAAAACACCUUAUUCUCAAAGUGAUCUGGGAUCUAAAAAACAUACACAGAGUGAGAAUAAUUACUUUCCUAUUAAUAUGCACCAUUUUCCGUCCCAAUCAAAUCACGAAGAGCACAAUGUGUGGCCACCAGCACGAACCGCAGGAACUACAGAAAUUAGUAUGGAACCACCUCCAAUCAACCUUCCAACUUUAAUAGGAGACUUGGCUUUGGGUCCACAUGAUAAGAAAAAGACUGAGACUAUCAACAGAACUUUGCCUCAUACAGAUUUACAAAACUGUAGCAAUUUUCUCUCAGUUACUCAAUUAAUGAAUCGGUCAUCCGAAAAUAUGCCGUUAAGACCAAAUGGGUUACUAACAGAUACACAGAAGUCAAUUCCCACAAAACAAAAUGGACCUCAUAACAACGAAGUUAACAGAAAAACGCGCUUAGAAAACCAUCCUCAAACAUGUUACGGUUUUAACGAUUCUAAAGUUUCACAUACAUAUGACAGCAUUAAUUCAUUUUCACAAGCAAAAACCAAAUCUACUAAGACUGAUAAAAAUUCUAAAACGCAGAAAAAUAGCUAUUCUGCCGAAGCUUUAAUAAGAGGAGGAACAAAUUAUAGUCAAAAAAUUCCGGAUAAUGGGGCUAAAUUUGUGGUGCCACAGAAAUAUAACGAUUUUAAUGUAUCUCAAGAUAGUGGUGUUGCUCAAGUAUCCCAUUUCCCAUCGAUAAUUGAUUAUUCCGAUAAUAGUUACGCUGGACAACAAUUUUCAGGCACAACUUUAUAUAAUUCUACUACAAACACCAUAUCAAACAGUUUUUAUUCGAAUUUUAUGCCUGGGAGUGGUAAUUUAAUGAGUAGUAACUACACAAGCGGAGCGUUUCCAAGCGAAUUUGUUGAUUACAACCAAACUACAGAUUGUAACAGUUAUUCUAAUCACAAGUACAGUGAAUUUAAAAUGAGAAAUAACGUAACUACAUUUUCACAUGAGAAAGAUCCUCCUAAUUACAAAAGUUCAAAAAGAGAAUCUGCUGCCAAACACAAACUGGAAUGUUCCAAAAAGGAAACCAACAAAAAAUACCAGAGUAAAAGAGCUAAAUUAGGUAACAAUGAAGUAGAAGAAUGGAAUGAUACAUCUCAUGUACUUUGUCAAAACAAAGUUCAAACUAAAAGACAUCAAAAUAUUAUAUCAGAAGAAAUACCAUUUUCAAAUUAUGUAGGAAAUCAGAUGCCUGCACAAUAUCAACCUGACAUCUUUAAUACCCACAUUAUGCAAUCGAAUAUGCAAAAUAUGGGAACGAAUGCGGAUAGGUCGAUUUCUGGCUUUCCAGUAGCUUCACGCGCAAACUUUAAUCUUAGCGCAUUGUUUCCAGAAAUAACUAUGAAAGUGCAAUGAUAUUAGGUGGAAUUCUUGUUUAAUUGAUGAAAUAUAGUAUACGCAUUUUCCACUUAUUAAAUAUAAAUUAUGUUGUUGAUAAUAAUCAUAUUUUAUUGUUAAAUAUUUACAAAUUGGCAAAUUCGUAAUGAAUUUUGAGAUUAGUGUUAUCAUGUUACAAAUGUUUUAUUUGAAAACGACGUCUAGCAACAUAUUUUAGUCCCUAAUUACUCAAUAAGAUGUAAAUUAAGAGUAUUUUACAUUAAUAACACUAAGAGUAAUAAAAAAUAACAA